AUGAAAUCAUGUCAUAUUCCGAGAUCAACAGCUCGAUUUUCGACCGGAGUGCAAGAGCUCGAUGCCAAUGAGCUGGAAAGCUCACGCAGCCCCCGCCAUGUUGGUCAGAUCCACGAAAUACUCCAAAGCCAUGGACUUCUCAAGAUCAACUUGAAAUUUCCGGAUGAGUCGAGUUCCUAUCUCACACAGUUGAUUUCUGCCCUGAGCACGAGUCACGGCCACGGUGUACCCAUCACACAUAGCUCCAGCCGAGGCUGGUUUUGGGAGGUAAGACCUCAGUCGACGGCAGCAUCAGCAUCAGCAUCAACGUCGAAGUCUGAGACAUCGCCACCUCAAAACGCCCCAGCCCGCUCAGAGACAUCUGAGUCAUUUCCCUGGCACACAGACUGCAGUUAUGAAGAAAGUCCACCACGCUUCUUUGCACUUCAGGUUCUUCACGCUGAUGCCUGCGGUGGCGGCACACUCUCUGUAAUGGAGCUUUCGCGCCUUCUGCCACUUCUCUCCGCGACGGCACGGAAGUAUUCAUUUAGGGCUGAAUACCGUAUCGCUGUCCCGCCCGAGUUCAUCAAAAAAGAUGAUCAGAGAUCCAUCGUUGGCAGCCUUUUGACCAAUCCCGGUGAUGGGCUGCGAUUCCGUGAAGAUAUCAUCACACCGCUAACGCCAAGUGCGGGCCAGGCGUUCGAAGAGCUGAAAAGUAUGUUGCGGAGCCCCGAGGCGAAAUCUAGCACGAUCCCUCUUUCGCCGGAAGUGCUACCCAGUGGGUCGAUUGUUUUGGUUGAGAAUCGACGAUGGCUCCAUGCCAGGAAUGAGGUGCGGGACCCGAUGAGACACUUGAGGAGGGUUCGUUGGGAUGCCAGGCCUUUUGCAGGUUAG